AUGGCUAUGGUACAAGAAAUGACUUUACUGUUGAUAAUGGUGAGCGGACUGCUUGGUAAUGGUCUGAUCAUACGGGUGAUAUGUGGCGAUGUUUUGAUGCAAACCAUGGGAAACAAAUUUGCAUUUAUUAUGGCAGUGUCAGACCUCGGGUUAUGUGUGUUUUUCAUGCCGUUUUCUCUCAUAUCACUCUUUCGAUACCAAUGGAUGUUUGGUCAAAAUAUGUGCCAUGUAACUGCCUUUUGUGGCGAGUUCUUUACCAAAGUAUCUACAGCCACUUUAUCAGUGGUUGUCUUAGAGAAACAUUCAAACAUUGUACAGAGAAAGUUGAAAAAGUUUAGCAGAAAUGGAGUAUUAAUGACUUUCUUUGUCGUUUGUAUUACUGCUCUGAUAUUCUCCGUUCCGUACCCUCCUCGCGAAGCGGUGUAUGAUGACUGCCUCGGUAAUUGCAUCAUGAUAACAUCCUCUGGGGCAAGUCUUGAAUCAAUUUUGACAUUUGUUUUGCUUGAAGGUUUGCUAUUUAAAGUAGUUUCAGUAAGUCUCCUGCUCGUCUCACUUCUCAAGGUAUUCAAGAAGAUUCACAUGCGCAGAUGUAUGACACAUCCUCGACAGAAACAAAAUCUGAUAAACGUAGAUCAGUUGCGAAUGAUGGCAGAAGAUUAUACAGCGUGCACCACCCUGAUCGUGGUCGCCUCUCACGUCCUUUUAUGCCUUCCAUACAUUACAAUACAAUUGAUAAGUAUACGUCCUAACAUAGUUAUACCUCACUCCUGGCGUAUUAUAGCCUUUUGGUUGCUUCUAUUCAAUACUUCACUAAGGCCUUUAAUCUAUGGACUUAGAAAUCGACGCAGUCGUAACCUCAUGUUGCAAUAUUUCAAAAGAGCAAAGAGAAACGUUAUCACUCAGAACUGCUUUAUGAAGCUAGGAAGACGAAGAAAAGCCUAUGUGGUUCCCGUUACAGCACAGCAACAAACAGAACAAACCAAUGUUGAAGAACUCAUGCAGAUAGUUGAUGUGAUGGACAUUGCAGCAAGUAACACGCCCCUCUUCACUCGAAGGCGGAUUAUGACGGUACCAACAAUCAACACGACAACCGAGCAGACGUUCCUUGAUCUGAAUUUCGUACCUGAUGAAAGUCAAAUCGAGUUGCAGUCAGUACCCAAUGAUCGUUAUGAGAUGAUGUCACUAGCAAGGAGAAUCGAAAGCAAAGAUGAUGACUUAUGUAUUCAAGACAUUGAAACACAAGAUUCAGCAUCCGAUUAA